GGUGGCGAGGCGCUUGUUGCAUUGUGAUAUUCAAAGCCACACAAAUCAGCGCACGCUCUUUUCUCUCUCCCCUCCCCCUUCGCCCUUCCCCUUCCAAGCCUCCCUAAAAUAUAAAGCACUCAAAGGGAAGCCUAAAAGAAAAGAGAAACUUAGAAACUCCCUUCUCCUUUUCUUUUUUCUUUUUUAAUUGGUAUUUUCUUUUCCUUAAAACAGAGAGGAGAGGCAUACCUCCCAGGGAGGAAUACAAAACGAAAGCAGUCUCCCUGAUUCAUACGGGAACAUCUGCAAAAUCAAAUCCAAUUAUAAGAAACUGAGCAAGGACGAAAAGUGUGAUCAAAUCGGAGGGUAGAGAUGUCGUGUUCGUCUUCGUCAGGUUCGGAGGAAGAUGAUGAGGGAAUCGACUCUUACAGGAAAGGAGGAUAUCAUGCCGUGAGGAUCGGCGAUCCGUUCGCCGGUGGUCGUUACAUCGCCCAGAGGAAGCUCGGAUGGGGUCAGUUCUCCACUGUGUGGCUCGCUUACGAUACUCAAUCCUCUAAAUAUGUUGCUCUAAAGAUUCAGAAAAGCGCACAGCAAUUUGCUCAAGCUGCCCUUCAUGAGAUUGAAGUCCUUUCAUCUAUUGCUGAUGGUGACCCCUCCAAUUCCAAGUGUGUAGUGCGCCUGAUUGACCACUUCAAGCACACUGGCCCAAAUGGGCAACAUCUUUGCAUGGUCCUUGAAUUUCUUGGUGAUAGUUUACUUCGAUUAAUCAGGUUUAACCGUUACAAAGGGAUUGAAUUGAAUAAAGUUAGGGAGAUCUGCAAAUGCAUUUUGAUGGGUCUGGAUUACUUGCAUAGGGAACUUGGUAUAAUCCACACUGACCUAAAACCUGAAAAUAUUCUUCUCUUUUCCACCAUUGAUCCUACCAAGGAUCCAAUUAGGUCUGGUCUUACCCCAACGCUUGAAAGGCCUGAGGGGGGCACCCUAAAUGGUGGAUCUACCAUGAACAUCAUUGAGAAGAAAUUGAAAAGGAGGGCAAGAAGAGCAGUUGCUAAUAUAUCUGUGAGAAGAGCUUCAAUGGGAGGAGGAGGAGAAGCCCCAAAAUCUGCGAGAUGUUUAGAUGGGAUUGAUGUGAGGUGCAAGGUUGUGGACUUUGGAAACGCAUGUUGGGCUGACAAACCAUUUGCAGAAGAAAUUCAAACGAGACAGUACAGGGCUCCUGAGGUCGUACUUCGUUCUGGGUACUCCUGUUCUGUUGAUAUGUGGUCAUUUGCUUGCACAGCCUUUGAGCUUGCUACUGGUGACAUGAUGUUUGCCCCUAAAAGUGGACAAGGAUUUAGUGAUGAUGAGGAUCACCUAGCUCUCAUGAUGGAACUUCUUGGAAAGAUGCCUCGAAAGAUUGCCAUUGGAGGAGCUCGAUCAAAGGAUUAUUUUGACAGGCAUGGGGAUCUGAAGAGGAUUCGGAGGCUGAAGUUCUGGCCACUUGAUCGAUUGCUGGUGGAGAAAUACAAAUUCUCUGAGAGCGACGCUCGUGAGUUUGCAGAGUUUCUUUGUCCUCUUCUCGAUUUUUCACCAGAGAAGCGACCAACUGCCCAGCAGUGUCUGCAACACCCAUGGCUCAAUCUCCGGAGCUCAGGUCAGAAUGAGAUGCAAGGUCAAUCUAACGUGGAUGUUGGAAUGCGCAACCUUCAGAUUUAAGGUGGGCAAAUGAAGAAAGGGAUUAAAGAUGUCGGCCCAGCCACAUCAUUUUCAUGACCCUCCCUCCACCUGUACGAGUAUUGAUUGUGUUCUAUUUUUUUUUUUCCUUUUGGCUUGUGACAUUUCUAAUAAGAUUUAUUUUUUGAUUAAUGAUUAACUAAAUGUAAA